AUGCAUGUCCAUACAUGUACAGAUGCUCCAAGGCUUCCCACUGUGUCAGUGAGUCCCUCUGCUGAGAUAGUGGAGGGUAUCUCUGUGAAUCUGACCUGUAGCAGUGAUGCUAACCCCACAGCUAAUUACACCUGGUACAAAGACAACAAAGUACUGCCAGCAGGAACACAGGAUGUUUAUCGCUUUGUCUCUAUCAGUUCUGAGGACAGUGGGAAUUACUUUUGCAAGUGUCGGAAUUUGUAUGGACAGGCAAACUCUAUGUCUCUAUCCAUUGAUAGGAAGUUCCUUUGUAAGAAUCCGUGUGAGAAAGAAGGAAAUAUCUUCAUUGACACAACUAAUGACAAAGUUCAGAAUGGCAGGUACAGCAUUGAAGACACAAAAGGAUCUGCGUUUGAACUUCAAGCAACCAUCAGACAUCUGACCAAGUCUGACACGGGACAGUACAGGCCGGACAGUUUGCGCCUGAACUCCCCACGGGAUGGAUGGCGAUUGACGGGAACCAGAGACUCUUCCCAUGAACGGAAACAACACGAACAAUCCACAGCUCCAGAUGCUCCAAAGCUUCCCUCUGUUUCAGUGAGUCCCUCUGCUGAGAUAGUGGAGGGCAGUUCAGUCACUCUGACCUGUAGCAGUGAUGCUAACCCAGCAGCUAGUUACACCUGGUACAAGGAGGAUGUCAUCAAUCCUCUCAGUUACCAAAACCAACAUGUUUUCAGCUCCAUCCUGCCCUCUGACUCUGGAAAGUAUUACUGUACAGCUGAUAAUAACCUGGGACAAAAGAGAUCUGAAAGCAGAACUAUUGAUGUGAAAUAUGCUCCAAAGCUUCCCUCUGUGUCAGUGAGUCCCUCUGCUGAGAUAGUGGAGGGCAGUUCAGUGACUCUGACCUGUAGCAGUGAUGCUAACCCAGCAGCUAGUUACACCUGGUACAAGGAGGAUGUCAUCAAUCCUCUCAGUUACCAAAACCAACAUGUUUUCAGCUCCAUCCUGCCCUCUGACUCUGGAAAGUAUUACUGUACAGCUGAUAAUAACCUGGGACAAAAGAGAUCUGAAAGCAAAACUAUUGAUGUGAAAUAUGCUCCAAAGCUUCCCUCUGUGUCAGUGAGUCCCUCUGCUGAGAUAGUGGAGGGCAGUUCAGUGACUCUGACCUGUAGCAGUGAUGCUAACCCAGCAGCUAAUUACACCUGGUACAAGGAGGAUGAAAAUUUACCAAAAGCAUUUGGACAAAACUUCACAGUCACCAAGUUCAGACCUGAACACAGUGGGAGUUAUUACUGUGUUGCCCAGAACAAGCUGGGACGUCAUAACUCCACCUUACAGCAGACCAUUGUGCCAGCAUUUGACAACAUAGUUGAGGAGUAUGGCAUUGGCCAUAAAAUAAGCUACAUUCUGACGGAUAAUCCAUCCAAUAUGAAGCGGGCCUUUAAAGUCAGGAUGCCAGAAGUAGAGCACCCUGAAGGUGACAGCAGGGAUGACCUCGAUGAUGAAACAAUUGAUGGGAUGAAAGAGGUAAAGGCAAUAGCUAGAGCCAAAGCCAGCAAGUUUACAACCCUGCGGCACAGCAGUAGUAAACACAAAGACUUGUUUGAGGCACACUUUGGCUCCAAUAAGUCCAUCCCAGCAGCAAACAACAUCCGCUGGAAUAGCACCUACAGACAGUUAAAGGCUCUGAUCAGACUUGACCACAGGGCCAUCACUGAAAUGUGCAGCGAUACAGAGAAUUUAGUGUUUUCAGCGUGA